AUGCUAGAGUCGACCUGCAGGGCCUUCUUCGACCUGCAAGGAGUCCAGCUCAGUCCCGCCCCGGAUGCAGUCAUGACGACCCAUGAGGCUCAAGUGGUGGAGAGCGCACCGGAACGGUCCGGGAAUACCAUGGAGCCGGCGGCACAGAACAGAUCCGAAGUGAUAGAGGGAGAGAGAGACGUACCUGCCGCAAAUCGGGACGCAAAUCCAAGAGUGGGGGAAAUUUCAUAUUCUAGCCGACCUGCACCAGGGGGUGCACUACUGAGUGGCCCGACGUCAAGGUCAGCCCGUGCGGACGAGCGUGUUAGGUCUGGAGUUAGGCAGCUCAGGUUUGCUGAUCGGGUUAGGAGGCCGCCGGAACGCGAAGCACGGACGGAGACCGACUUGGCAAGUGUAGCAGAUGAAGGCGAGGAGGGUGUAGAAGAUCCACAGCUGCCAAGUCAGGUCGAACAGGCAGAGGAGCAGUGGAGCAAGGCGGCUGAUGAUAAGCGGAUGGCCGAAGCAGAAGCCAAGAGGAGACGGGCUGAAGAGAGGCAACGGCGCCGUGAUGGCGACACCGAUCCUAUCAUCUCUUUCCCGGGAACAGGAGACAUACGUGAAGCAUGGGAGCGUGGGGCACGAGCCGCUGCAAGGGCACACGUGGCAGUGGCAGGAGAGGAGCUCGCCAGCAAUGUGCGGCAGCAUAUCGAGGAGGAUAGGGGAUACGUGAAAGUUCGCUUGCCCAGCGUAAAGCGGAAGGCGGCUGAAGAGGCCCGGAGAGGGGGCGUCGACGUGCCAGAGAAUUCGGGAGAGGCGAAAAAGAAGGCGCAGAGCAACGCGGGUGCAAAGGCUCAUAAGAUGGCGGAGGUAGAGGCGCACCAGAAAGCAGAGGAUGAGGCCCAUCGGUUCGUCGAUGCAGAGGCGGCACUUACGGCAGAGGACGGGGCGCCAAAGGAAGCAGAGGCUGCGGCGCAGCAGAAGGUGGAUGCAGAGGCGGUCAAGAGUGCGGAGGCAGUCGCGCGUAAAGAAGCGGGUGCAGCAGCAGAGCUGACAUCGGAGGCAGUCGAGCUGCAGGUGGUGGAGGCAGUGGCGCAGAAGGAAUCAGAGGCAACGGCGAGCCAGAAGGAUGAGGCAGCGACGCAGAAGAAUGAUGAGGCAGACACACAUAAGGAAUCAGCGGCAGCAGCGCAACAGAAGGAUGAGGGUGCGGCGCCCAGGAUGGUUGAGGCAGAGGCGCAGAAGGAAUCAGAGGCAGCGACGCAGCAGAAGGAGGAGGGUGCGGCGCCAAAGAUGGUUGAGGCAGAGGCGCACAAGGAAUCAGAGGCAGCGGCGCAGCAGAAGGAGGAGGGUGCGGCGCCGAAGAUGGUUGAGGCAGAGGCGCAGAAGGAAUCAGAGGCAGCGGUGCAGCAAAAGGAGGAGGGUGCGGCGCCGAAGAUGAGGGCGCACAAGGAAUCAGAGGCAACGGCGAGCCAGAAGGAUAAGGCAGCGGUGCUGCAUAUGGAGGAGGCAGACGCACAUAAGGAAGGAGAGGCGCGGAAUAAGGCAGAAGCAGCGGCGCGGCAGAAGGCGGAGGCAGAGGAGCAGAAACAGGCUGCGGAAGAGGCACUACAACUGGCUCGGGCAGAAGCGCGGAAGAAGGCUGUUGUAGAGGUGCGGCAGAAGGCGGAGGGUGAGGCACAGAAGAUGGCAGAGGCCGAGGAGCAGAAGCAGGCUGAGGUAGACGCACGUAGGAAGCCAGAUGGAGAGGAGGGUUCGGAUGGGAAUAAAAUGAUACAGACAGAAGGAUGGGAGACGGCGGGUGCUGAGGGGCACAUCAUCGCAGAGGAAGAGGGGCAGCAUGACGAGGAGGCAGCGUCGCAGGUAUUCGCAUACCGAGAGACGCAGAGCAUGGCAGAGACAGAGCGUCAAAAUACUAUGGAGGAGGUUCGUGUGGUCCUGGAGGCUGGAGUGGGGCACUACGAGGGAGAUGCGCUGGAAACAGAAGAGGAGCAGAAUGAGGAGGAUACGGUACAUCCGGCAGUCCGGAUAUUUUUGGGAGGAAGUCCGACGCAGGGACCAGGAACCGGGGUAGAGGGGCCAUGGAGGGUGGCAGACGAUGGGGCGCCUAGGGAUACAGUGGAUCUCAAUAGGCAGAGGCGGCCUACCCUUCACCAGAGAGCAGUGGAGAGGAAUCUCGGCCAAGGCGGGGUGGCAGAAGCGUUUUGGCAGGUAGAGUGGGUCGAGGCAGAGACGGCAAUACGGCGGAUGCUGCAGCGCACGAGUACAGUCCUGGUCAAACAAGGUGACAGGUUCGUUGAGGCCGAAAGCUGGGACAUAAGCCCGGCAGAGGUAACGCGUCGUCUGACGUUCUGCAACUUGGCGGCCCGCAACAGCAGCAUCAGUUGCGACGUGGCCGAUCUGACCGUCCAUUACUGCCGCGACGCCCUGGCCAACCUGGAAGAAGUCCGCCAUGGAAACGAGGAACGGCGGCGCCAAGCUGAAACGGCGGCCAGGUUUCGCGAGCAGGUGGACACGAGACUCUCCAACUUGCGGGAGAAUAUCGUAAGGGUGAGUGAGCAGGUUCGCCAGUCGGGAGGGGGGAUGGUGGAGGGCACGUUAAAGCGGGUGGAAGAGAGGUUGAGAGAGGUUCUGAGAGAAGACUCUGAGCGGCGGAACAGGGAUAGACUGCAGGAUAAGGAGCGGAGGCAGAAGGCCACGAGGAAGGAAACAGACACCGCAGAGAGACGGAAGAAGGAACAACAGCAGGAGGAAGAGCGUCGGCAGAAGGAGAUGAGAGAGGGAAUGAAGGAGAUGAAGGAGGCGAUGAUGGAGAUGAAGGCAGAAAUGAAGGAGAUGAAGGAUGGGAUGGUAAACCAGAUUGUGGGGAGGUUGAGCGCGGUUUUGCGAGAAGAAUCCGAGCGGCAGAAGAAGGCGAGGCAAGAGGACGCGGAGCGGCGACAACAGCAGGACGCGAAGAGGAAACAAGUGGCGGACGACGAGGAGAGACAGAAGAAGUAA